AUGGAACUGCAAGAUACAUCUGGGUAUGAUGUAUGCAAGGACAAGAUGAUGAGAGGUCUGGGUCUAUACAAUGCAAAGGACUGGAAUCAUGCAGCUGCAAUUAAAUUGCUAUGGAUGAUUCACAUCAAAAAAGAUAUAUUAUGGAUUAAAUGGGUACAUGAAAAUUAUAUACAUCAACUGGAUAUAUGGCAGAUUCAACCAAAGAGAACUGAUUCUUGGAUGUGGAGGCAAUUACUCAAAGUAAGAGAUAUGGCUCUUAACAAAUUUGGUGACAGAAACAACCUGCAAAGAGUUAUGGAAAGCUGUUAUGUAAAUGGAAAGUUACAGAUAUCAGCUAUAUACAAUGCUCUUACCAUUUCAGCAACUCAUGCUAUAUGGUCAGAUACAACUUGGGGAGGCUUACACUAUCCUAAACACUCAGUUAUUUUAUGGCUAGUCACCCUCUCCGGGCUUCUGACAAAGGACGGAUUAUGCAAGAUGGGAAUGCUAAAUGAAAAUCAGUAUAUAUUGUGCACAACUCAACAGGAAACAUGUAAGCACAUUUUUUUUGAAUGUCAGUAUUCAGCACAUAUUUGGAAUGAGAUGAUGGAAUGGUUAAACUACUCAUGGAGAUCAUGCAGCUGGGAUAAAGUUGUGAACUGGUAUAGUACACAUUUGAAAGGAAAAGGUUUCAUGGAGAAGAUGAAGAGAAUGGCACUGUCGGCGACUGUUUAUUGGAUUUGGAAGGAAAGAAACAUGAGAAUCUUCCAAGGAAAGCUCCAUACACUUGCUCAGUUAGUCAGGGAGGUGAAGAUUUCAAUCUUAUCAAAGGUGAUAAAUGAAGAAAUUCCUGAACUUAUAAAUGAUAAAAUAGGAAAAAUAUAA